UCUGUCAGAAUUUCCACAGAACACUCCCCCAAACUGCAGAUCAGGAGUCACAGUUAUUUGCGUGCUGUGAGUGAGGUUUCAAUCAACAGAAGCCUGGAUACACUGGAUCCUAAAACUCUCCUUGACCCCAAAUCACUGCUGUCUUCACCCCAAUACCGAUCACGCAAUGAAAGCUACAUGAGAGCCAUGAGCACCAUCAGUCAGCUGAGUGAGGUUGAAGUGAAUGGGCAGAUUGAGCAAGUAUGUGAGCAAGUCUAUAGUGAGAUGCAAUCUCAAGCUAUGGACGCAGGCAUGGAUAGUUUGGAAACUAUGGACACCCUGCCUAUGCCAGGUUGCUUCCGUAUGCGUAGCCCCAGUUAUGUGAGGGCAAUUGACCAAGGAUGUGCCUCAGAGGAUGAAGGACCAGGAGGAAGACCUCUGCUGCUACUUCCAUCCUCACCACCACGCACAACUGCCACAACUGUCAGGACCAUCCAAAGCAGCACAGUAUCGUCUUGCAUUACUACCUAUAAGAAAACCCCUCCACCAGUGCCACCACGAACCUCCACCUGCUCUACAGCCUCCAAGCCAUAUAUCUCUAUCACAGCCCAAAGCAGCACAGAGUCUGCACAGGAUGCCUAUAUGGAAGAUGAAGGGCCCAGAGGAGACAUGACAAUCCAGUCAGGGCUCAGCAACUCAACAGAGAGUAUUGACAGCAUGAAGGCCUUGACAGCUGCCAUAGAAGCUGCUAACGCUCAGGUGCAUGGACCUGCCAGUCAACAUGUCAGUAACAGCACGAUGACAGUCAGCACUGCCAGUUCCCCGCACCUCAGCAGGGGGCAAGUUGUUGAAGAACAUCGGGAUGAAUACAGAAAAGAAGCACUCAGGAAGGGGAAAUGUCUCUCCAUAGGCAUCCAGGUUGAUGGACCAGAAGACAUUCCAGAUCCAGAAGACCCUUCCAAGUUCACGUCUGUGGGGGUACAAGUGGAGGAUGAUCGAGGAUAUCGAAGGCUUCAGCGCUCCAACAGUGUGACAGCAGCUGUACAGGCAGAUCUAGACCUGCCAGACCUCCUAGACACUCCUCUAGACUCUCCACACCCUCACAGAGGACGUCUGGCCUCCUCUGGCAUGUCUCGGAAGUAUUCCCGCGAUGCAGCCACCUCCACCGUCAGCAUUCAAGGCUCAGGGAACCAUUACCAUGCCUGCGCUUCAGAUGAUUAUGAUGAUGUUGGUUUUGACCCGUCCAUCCUCCCCCCUCCUGAUCCCUGGAUAGAUACUGUUACUGAUGACCCACUUGAUGCAGACUUCAACAGCUCUGUUAUUCUGGAGGUGGUACAACGGUCGGUCUGUCAGAGAGAUGGACGCUGGUUCCUGAAGCUUCUUCAAGCUGAGACCGACCGCAUGGAGGGAUGGUGUCGGCAGAUGGAGCUCGACCAGCGGGAGAAUGAGUUGCCUGAAGAUAUCCUGGAAAAGAUGAGAACUGCUGUUGGAAGUGCUCAGCUUCUGAUCUCCCAGAAGUUUCAGCAGUUCAGGGAGUUAUGUGAAGAGAACCUGAACCUCAGCAUCCAUCCUCGUCCUGUGGCCGCAGACCUGGCUGGCUUUUGGGAUAUGCUUCAGCUGUCUAUUGAGAACAUCAGCCUCAAGUUUGAUGAGCUUCACCAGCUCAGGGCCAACAACUGGAGACCGCUGGACCCUCCCGAUAGAAAGGAGAGGCGACUUCCACCUCCUGUGCCAAAAAAACCACACAAGGUGGUCCCCCACCACCACCCACCACUUGCCAGAGACCGUUCACUGGAGAGCUCAGAGAAGCAGCGGCAGGAGGCGAGAAAGAGGCUGAUGGCUGCCAAGAGGGCGGCGUCUGUACGCCAGAACUCAGCAACAGAGAGCGCUGACAGCAUUGAGAUUUACAUUCCUGAAGCUCAGACAAGGUUAUGAAGACAUUAACAUGGACAUAUUAUAGUUGGCAAAAAGUACCCAGGUACACACACCUGACAUCAAACAAAACAUGUAUGAUUGUCCACACCAAGUUACAGUGGGACAAACUAAUGUGAAUAUUUUAGUUAUUGAUUUUUUUCUGUAAUUUUUCCAUCCUCAGUUUUGAUCUCAUCAGUUAUGUGUGUUGAAGUAGCAACAGAAGUUCUACAGGUCCAUUUUUUAAUAAGCAAUUUCUCUGUUGUGUGAAUUUUAAUAAAAAUGAUCUUUUUU